GUAUAUGAUGACCAACCAAACGCACAUCAGAAAUUUAUGGAAAAACUUGAUGCCUGCAUACGUAACCAUGACAGGGAGAUAGAAAAGAUGUGCAAUUUUCAUCAUCAGGGCUUUGUGGAUGCUAUUACAGAGCUUCUUAAAGUUAGGGCUGAUGCAGAAAAAUUAAAGGUCCAAGUUACUGAUACCAACCGAAGGCUUCAGGAUGCUGGGAAAGAGGUGAUAGCCCAAACAGAGGAAAUCAUCCGAUGUAGAGUUCAGCAACGGAAUAUCACAACAGUUGUGGAAAAACUACAGUUGUGUCUUCCAGUACUGGAAAUGUACAGCAAGCUAAAAGAACAGAUGAAUGUAAAAAGAUACUAUUCUGCUUUAAAAACAAUGGAACAGCUAGAGAAUUUAUAUCUUCCUAGAGUUAGCCAGUACCGAUUUUGCCAGAUAAUGAUGGAAAAUCUUCCCAAACUACGUGAAGAAAUAAAAGAGAUAUCCAUGUCAGAUCUGAAGGAUUUCUUAGAGAGUAUUCGAAAGCACUCUGACAGAAUUGGGGAAACUGCCAUGAAACAGGCACAGCAACAGAAAACCUUUAGUACUGCUCUGCAGAAGCAAAAUAAUGUAAACUAUGGUCGGAAUACGCAUUUAGGUCGAAGCAGAGUUCUGGAAUCCAAGAAUGAAAUUACAUUGAAGAGAACAUUUGAAGAUGAUGAUGAACAUGAAGAAGAGGUUUUAACUGCCCAAGAUCUUGUAGACUUUUCUCCAGUCUAUAGGUGUUUGCAUAUCUACUCAGUUUUGGGUGAUGGAGAAAUAUUUGAAAAUUACUACAGAAAACAAAGAAGGAAACAAGCAAGAUUAGUUCUGCAGCCACAGUCAAGCAUGCAUGAAACAGUAGAAGGCUAUAGAAGAUACUUCAGUCAAAUUGUAGGUUUCUUUGUAGUAGAAGACCACAUUUUACAUGUAACCCAAGGAUUGGUAACUCGAACAUACACUGAUGAACUCUGGAACAUGGCCCUUUCCAAGAUCAUUGCUGUUCUUAGAACACAUUCAUCCUAUUGCAGUGAUCCUGACCUUGUUCUGGAACUGAAGAAUCUCAUUGUAAUAUUUGCUGAUACUUUGCAGGGCUAUGGUUUUCCUGUGAACAGACUAUUUGAUCUUUUAUUUGAGAUAAGAGACCAAUACAAUGAGACACUUCUUAAAAAGUGGUCUGGAUUGUUCAGGGAUAUUUUUGAAGCAGACAACUACAGCCCCAUCCCUGUAGCAAAUGAAGAGGAAUACAGAAUAGUUAUAAGCAAAUUUCCUUUUCAAGAUCCAGAACUUGAUAAGCAAUCCUUUCCAAAGAAGCUUCCAAUGUCUCAGUCAGUGCCUCAGAUUUAUAUGCAGGUCAAGGAAUUUAUUUAUGCAAGCCUUAAGUUUUCAGAGUCCCUUCACCGCAG